AUGUCUUCCAAGUACAUUACCCAUGCUUCCGCCGGAAGCCGGUCCGUCAACAGCCUCCCCCGACCGCCUGCCUCCCUCCCAGGCAGGAGUUCCAGCAGGGUAUGUUCCCCCGACCUCCCCCGACUACACCCCGCCCUCCCCCCCUCCCCGCCCCCCCUCCCCCCCUCCCCCCCUCCCCCCCCCCCUCCCCCUCCCCCCCCAACCCCUCCCUCUCCCUCCCCUCCCCCUCCCUCCCUCCCUUCCCCCUCCCUCCCUCCCCCCUCCCCCUCCCUCCCUCCCUCCCUCCCUCCCCCCCUCCCCCUCCCUCCCCCCCCUCCCCCCCCUCCCCCUCCCUCCCUCCCUCCCCCUCCCCCUCCCUCCCUCCCUCCCCCCUCCCCCUCCCUCCCCCCUCCCUCCCCCCCCCCCCCUCCCCCUCCCUCCCUCACCCCUCCCCCUCCCCCUCCCUCCCUCACCCCUCCCCCUCCCCCUCCCUCCCUCCCCCCCUCCCCUCCCCCUCCCCCCUCCCCUCCCCCCCCCCUCCCUCCCUCCCCUCCCCCUCCCUCCCUCCCCCUGCCUCGCCCACCCUCCCCCUCCCCCCCUCCCCCCCCUCCCCCUUCCCCUCCCCCCCCUCCCCCUUCCCCUCCCCCCCUCCCCCUUCCCCUCCCCCCAUCCGCCACUCUCCCUCCCUCCUCCCCCUCUCCCUCCUCCCCUCCCCUCUCCCCUGCCCCUCCCCACUCCCCUCCCCCUCCCCUCCCCCCUCCCCUCCCCCCCCUCCCCCCCUCCCCUCCACGCCCGCCCUCCCCGUCCCGCCCUCCCGCCCUCCCCUCCCCUCCCCGUCCCGCCCGCCCUCCCGCCCUCCCCUCCCCUCCCCGUCCCGCCCUCCCGCCCUCCCCUCCCCCCCCGUCCCGCCCUCCCCUCCCCUCCCCUCCCCGUCCCGCCCUCCCCUCCCCUCCCCUCCCCGUCCCGCCCUCCCCUCCCCUCCCCGCCCCGCCCUCCCCUCCCCUCCCCGCCCCGCCCUCCCCUCCCCUCCCCGCCCCGCCCUCCCCUCCCCUCCCCUCCCCUCCCCGUCCCGCCCGCCCUCCCCUCCCCGUCCCGCCCGCCCUCCCCUCCCCGUCCCGCCCGCCCUCCCCUCCCCUCCCCGUCCCGCCCUCCCCUCCCCUCCCCGUCCCGCCCUCCCCUCCCCUCCCCUCCCCGUCCCGCCCUCCCCUCCCCAAUCACGUCAGUACACACCUCCUCCUUAAGUCUGUUAAAACAUGUUCCAUGGAUUAUGGCCUCUGUUACUCAGCAACUUUCAUCAUUUGUUCACUCAGACUGCCACUGUGCACACACCCGCCCACCCCAGUCUGCUUGUCCCGGAGACCGGCGAGGGAGUCCGGCGGGCGGGCUGAGGGGGAAUGGUGGAGAGCUCCUGACGUGAGGCGAGGCAGAUGCCAGUACUCGGGGCUGCAGCCCGUUGACGCGGGGACCACCUUCUCCUCCCGCGCCGAGGUUGGCGGCGAAUGA